UCUAUUAAACAGAGGAUUCGUGUCGUGUUUCACGUGGAUAUGAAUGCACUGGAUUUCUUUCUGUUAGGGUUUGGGCGUUUGGCAUUGGACGUACGUGUGCCGAUGAAGCAGAAGCGUUGCCUGCUAGUGGACAGGGGUUCCAUGAAGAUGUAACUCCGCGGAAUGGCGCGGAGGGCAGAAGGCCGCAUAUUCAACGUGAGUGUGAUUGGCCUGUCAGGCACUGAAAGAGAAAAGGGUCAAUAUGGUGUUGGGAAGUCGUGUCUGUGUAACAGAUUUCUCAAUCAGGUGGCAGACAGCUACUACCAGGACCAUAUUUCUGUGCUGAGUCAGAGUGAUUUUGCGGGAAGGGUGAUCAAUAAUGACCACUUCUUGUAUUGGGGAUCUGUGGUCAAAACAGAUGACAGCAACAACUUCACAUUUCAUGUGGUGGAGCAGACAGAGUUUAUUGAUGAUGUCAGCUUUGCCCCAUUCAUGACAGGCAGGACAGAAACCUACAUCAAAAGAGCCAUCAGUGGCAAAGUACAGAGUGCUGAGAAACUCAUGUAUAUCUGCAAGGACCAGUUAGGUAUGGAGACGGAUUCUGCUUACCCUCAAGUACUGAUGCCUGAAGGGAAAUUGACCAUUGAUGGUUUCAUAUGCUGUUUUGAUGUGAGCAAGGUCCCCCAGAGGACAAUAGAAAAACAAGUGGAAUUUGUUGCAGCUCUGCUCAAUAAUGCUCUUAAGACUAAGAAACCUGUGGUGUUAGCCACCACAAAGGGAGAUGUGGCCAGCCAAGAGUUUGUAAAGGAAGCAGAGAAGCUUGCUAACAGGAAAGAGUUUAAAGGCAACGUCUUGCUUGUGGAGACAUCUGCUCAUGAGAAUAUCAAUGUGGAGGCAGCAUUCAUGCUCUUGGCUCAUCUUAUUGAUAGGACUAAAGCAAAGGGCAAAAUCCUUCCUUUUGGGGAGGCCAGGAAACAGAGGUAUGAGGUUCUGGAGGUGGCCAAAGAGGCCUACAUUCACCUGCUUCGCACCACCGUUGUGGACCCUAAGGCUGUGUGGAACACUUGCAGGAAAAAGCUGGAGCUAGAGUCUGACUUUGGGCACUAUGUGGAAAUGUUUGGGACAGAGCAGGCCCGCAAGGAAUUUAGGGCUCAUACCAAGAGACUGCGAGACGAGCAAAUACGUUUACGUGAGCAGCGCUAUCUGUCUUUGUUGCCCCAACUGCUGAAACUUUUCUUGCCAGAGCUAGAUUCUGUGACUGAGAGAGCGUGGAAUACCAUUCGCCGACUUAUUCGAGAGCAUCCUGACUUUGAUCGUCACUUUGUUCUGAUUGAAGAAGGUUGUACAUCUUGGAAACAGUCUGAGUCUUUCUUAGACAACAUGGAAGAGUCCAGGAUUCCUUUUGAUUUGCUCAACUCAGCGGAGGCAGAAAUGUGUUUUAGGAACCAUCUCAAUGAACUACAGGCUCUACACAAGAAAAGAGAGUUGCAGCAGCAGUUUAAAAAGAUCUUGGAAGAGAACCCCCAGAUCACCCCUGGGAAACCUUUGUCCGAAACAUACAUUUUCUUCAUCGGCAAGGAGUGCUAUUCCAGCCUGGAUGAGCAUGAGCGCAACUUUGUGUACGAGCAGCACAUGGCUGAGCUGAAGCAGACGGCCAGGGCAGAGUUCAAUGAACUGCUGUGGGAGAAGUCCUCUGUCUUCAUGAACAUGAACAGUGUGGAGCGUGUCACCACCAAAGACUUGCAGAGUAUAACUACUGCUUUGCAGGAUGACAAAAGGUUCAAAGCACUACAAAGGUUAGAUGAAGAUAGGAAAGUGAUGAUUCUUAACCAUUUAGGCUUCAUACAGUCUCCGUCCAGAGAGAGAUGUUACUUCAAUAACUAUUGUAUAGACACUCAGGUGGAAAAUUUGUUGGCCUCUAGGGCUAUCAGACCUGAGCUGAAGAAUUCUUCAGAAUCUGUAGAAAUGGGCUGUAAGACAUUAAACUUGGUGCUUCUAGGCAAAGAUGGGCUAGCCAUAUCACUAAAUAAAGAAAUCAGAAAUCUUUGUACAGAUGAUGAAUAUGUUGUAGAAAAAGCCACCUAUAGUUUAGAUUAUAGACCCAUAGAUGGUGAUGUUAGUCGAGAACAGAAUGCCCUGGCCACUGCCAAUUUUAGGCCACAUGGUUGUCUGUGUGUAUAUAAUUCUGAGGACACCCUCAACUACAUUCGUGAUAGCCUGGAGAGAUCUCUCACCAAUGAUAUUGUGAGGGAUGGGGAGGCCACUCUCAAUGGCAUGCCUAUUGCCAUCAUCCAGGCAUCUAACUCUAGUCAAAGUGAAAAAGAAAAUGAGAUCUUGCGUGAGAAGGGUAGAAUGCUAGCUUCCAGACUUCACGGAGAGUUUAUUGUGGACUAUGACGAUGUGGAGGAAGGAGUUCAGUUUGUACCGGGACAGAUCCAUGCAGCACUGCACACUGUCAUCCAUGGCUGUAGUCCAGGUUUAAACAGCUGGUACCUAUCAGAUCAAUUUGAGCCUGAUAUAAGGCUUUCUAUGUGUUUGAUGUGCGGCGACCCAUUCCAACUGGAGCUUCCCCUAGGGCCAUUGCUGAAUCAUGAUAUGUGUCGAGUCCUAGCCGAUACCCCUUACUGUAUCACUCUGGACCUGUUCCUGGAGGCCACGUCCAAGCAGAAGGUGGAAGUUGAAGUGGCAUCCUUUCAUGGUGGCAAUCGUCUCCACCAGGGGCUGUUCCAUGGCUACAUCCUAGUUUACUCUGCUAAAAGAAGAGCUUCAUUAGCUACACUCAAGGCAUUCACUGAUAGGCUGCCCAAUGUUCCAAAGCUGAUAGUGGCAGUGGCAGAUUCAGGUGGGACAUCCUCCAGCUAUUUUUCCAGUGACAUCUGCCAGAUGCUGAUACAGGAAGGUCAUGAAUUGUCUGAGUCUCUACAGGCCAGUUUUAUGACAACUACAGCCAACUUUAGCCAACAGACGGGAGUGUUCCUCCCAUUCUUCCAGACAGUUUGGCAACAGAGAGAAGAGUCUGAAGCUCUUUUCAAUGAACCAUCAGAAGAACCUUGUCCACCUGCUUAUGAAAAAGGUUACUAUGGAUCUCGUCCAGCUCCCCCACUCCCCAAACAUUAUGACAAUCACACUCACAUAUCCAGCACAUCAAACAGCACUGAUUCUGAACCUGUUUACGACCAGCCCAACUUGUUCCACUCUCAGUACUCAGACAGUGACCAUGAAGCAGAUAGAGGUUCCAGUGUGUCCCCACCUCCAGCAGAUGAGGAGAUUUAUAGUGAAGUCAACAUUCCAAAUUCAAAUGGAGAGCAUUUAGUCAGACCCAGCUUUGUUAAAACCAGAAAGAACAUUUAUGCCGGAAGUAAGUGGGAACAUCGAAAGUCCCUUCCCAUUAUGCCCUUGGGUCAACAUUCCAUUUCCCUUGAAGCUAGCACCACUAGCAGCAGCUGCAACAGUAACACCACCACCAGCAGCGCUGGCAGCUACUUUGGUCAAAAUGGAGGAGGAGUUACUGGAGCCUCUGUGAAUAGUCAGGCCAUCCUGGAGCAUCGAGCUGUCAAAGAUCCCCAAGAGCUGUUUAGAAAGUCGUGUAGCAUGAAGAUUGCAGCAGAAGAAGCUGUGGAGGCAGGGGAUGAAGCGGAAGAAGAUGAGGAUGAUGACGAUGUGAAACUGAAUCGAUUAAGAGGACCCAGAGCCUGGGCAUUAAAUGAGCAGCGGCGUAAGAAAGGUGAAACAUUCCCACCAGUCAUAAGGCCGAGUUCUAUGGGUGACGACGGUUGGCCAGAUAGUAAUAACUCCAACUCUGCUGGUAAAAAUGAUUCUCUUGGCCACGUGCGGUAUGGCACCAGCAAGUCUUCUCAUGACAUAGAGAAUGAUGCCAACAGUAGAAGGAAACUCAUGAACACAAGAUCUCAGUCUCAGAGUGCAGCAAUGUUCAGAUCUCAUCCUAGUCAAGUCACUGCUCCACUGGCUGUACCAGAGCCUAUAGAGAUAGCCGACUAUGGAAGUGUCAAGGAUGCUGUCCCUACUCCAGAUCUGGGAGACAAUGACUACCAGAUAGUAGAUGAUGCUCUGCCACCUGGUCAGCUGCACAGAAUCAAGUCCACUAAAUCACCAAUCAGAGCACAAGGUCAUACAGAUUCGGAAGAGUCAGAGUUUUCCUCAUUAGAGAGGGACAGCUAUAUCAAGGGUAAGAGGCCAGCAUCUCACAGACGCAACAAAUCCAAACAGUAUCCAGCAAGUGACAGCAAUGCUAUCUACUCUAGUCCCACAAUCACAGCUUCUAAACCAAGAAGUUUUGGCAUUGGCCAUAAACAGAUUAGAUCAGGUUCUAACCACUCCCCCUCAGAAGAUGGUAGUGAUGGAACUGGGGAUGAGAAACUUCUUUCCAACAAGAAGGAAAAGAAGCGUCGUUCUUUCAACAACCGAAAAUGGCGCAACCCAUCCACGUCAGUAGGAAAUCCCAGUUCUAGUCCAAACUAUUCUGACCAAGAACAUCUAUUGAGCUCCCACCCUGGUGAUUCGUUGGAGGAAAUACCACUUUACAACCCAGUAACACAUCAUUUCCAAACACUUCCUAAGACUGCAGGGAGCUAUCCUGAAGAAGUAGAGGAAGAUUUAAAUGACAGUGGCAACUGGUCGAGAUUCAGGUUCACACUAAGAGACAAAGAUAAAAGGAAAAAAGAUGAAAAGCGGAGACAGAAGGAAGAGGAGAAGAGAGCUAAAGAAGCUCAGAAGAAGUUCAAAAAGAAGGAGAAAGCAUCUGGCACAUCAACCAGCGGAGUGUCACUGGAAGAUUUCCCCACUGCUCUGGAGAACCCAAAUAUUCCACAGUUUGUCUACAAGUGUGUUUCUUACAUAGAAGCAGAAGGCAUGAAAACAGAAGGUUUGUACAGAAUACCUGGCAAUAAAGCACAAGGGGAACUCUUUGUCAAUAAAUUUGCUGUUGAUCCCAAUGUGGACAUAUCUACACUAGAAAUCCCAGUCAAUGCCAUAGCCACCUUGUUAAAAAGUUUUUUCAGUGAUCUCAGCGAGGCCUUGAUACCAGAGAAGCUUUGUGAUGAGCUGAUGGAAGCAGCAGAAAUGACAGACAAGAGCAGCCGCCUUCUUAUGCUGCGUGGAGUUAUAAAGAAACUCCCACUACAAAACUUUGAAGUCUUAAAAUAUAUCAUUUCUCAUUUGUUCAAAGUUUCUCAAAACCAUGAAUUUAACAGUAUGAACAGUAGAAAUCUGGCCAAAUGUUGGUGGCCCACACUGAUUAGAUUGCAGUUUAAAAGCUAUGAGAAGCUUAUACAAGGUUCUCAGGUUCCUGAGGAUAUAGUUCAAAACUUGAUUGAACAGUGUGCAUUCUUUUUCCAUGGAGGCAAUGAAGUAUGACAGGGUAUAGACUAGUCGCUAAGUAGUCCCACAACUGGGCCAUCCAGUCAUGCUCAGUGGAGGUAUUCUUGAACUAUUCAUGUGACUGGGCCAUUCAGUCAAGUGCCCUUGAUUCAUCUUGUGACUGGGCGACUCCUCUUCUUGAUUCAUCAAAAUGAGCUUAACAUUAAUUUAUUUCAUUGUGUGCUCGUGUUGAGAUAAAAGAUAAUUACGGAUUAAACCUAUGGAUAUACAACUCAAAGUUGCUCAGACUAGACGAUCACUCAACACUGGACAUUUAUGUUACUUGAUAAUGACAUUUCUCUCCCCCCCCCCCCCCCCCCUUCCUUUAUAAAGUCUUAGUCUUUGGCGUUAUUUUUAUAUUUAUGUUGUUAUUCUUCGCCUUGGGGUGAUAUUAAUGUAGAGUGAAUUCAAAAGUGGAGCUUAUCAAAACAUUUGUGCAUUUAUCUGAUCUUAAGUAGUAGUAAAGAAACAGUGGAAUUAAAGGUUUCAACUUUUUAUACUUUGUUUUGAAAUAUAUUGUUUCACUUUCUCCCAGACUAUCAGUUUUGUGUUCUACUGUUGUGAUUGUAUUUUAUUUUUCAUCGGAUAUAAAUAACAAUUUACUGUUAUAUUAUUUUUUUGUGAUUGUCAUUUUUGUGAUACUUCAAAAAUGCAAAUCUUUAGCUAGAAUUUUCAAAAAGCGACAAGUGAUUAAUGUAAUUUAGUUCUUUGUAUUCGAUUAUGUUUUUUAGUGUACUUGUUUCUGUGUUUUGAGCAUAACUCAUUUUUACAAAGUGAAAAAAAAAACAUGCGUUGUUUUUUUUUAUAUUGAUUUGACUAUUUAAGGAAAAUUUGUUUAAUGAGUAAUGGAGUUUGAAAGUUUCAUUUUUUUUUUGUCUUAAAAUUUUAUACACAAGUUUUUGUUUGAAGUACUGCUCAAUGCUGCGCUCUGUUCUUAACUAUUUACAUCUAGAAAAUAAAUAAAUGUUCAUAAAAGCCAGGCAGCUAUAGAGUGUGAAAGACAUAGGCUAGUUAAAUGAGAAAUAAGAAGCCACACCUUGCAAUACGACCACUCAAAUCAUAGAUUCACUUAUUACCUUUAUAUUGGAGGUAUUAAUGUCUCUUGUUUCUAUACAAAUUAAAUGAUAUUAGAAUUCAAAUUUGAUUGUUCGCUGUAUAGAUUUACAGGUCACUUUUUAUAUUUGACUAUAACUAAACAAAAUCAGCAUACCUCAAUAUCAUAAAGUUUUGUUUUUUUAAUUGUCCAUGAAUGUUGACUUUUUAGUUCAGUUAUCAAAGAGCAAAACCUUUUUUUUUUGUGUUUUAUUGUAAGAGCUGAAUUGGUUGUCUAUACUCUACAUAUCAAAACUGUGAGAACAUGUUUUACCAUCAGUUUUAUAGUCUUAUGACAGUGCUGUUGUCAGUGGAAGGAGCUUACACCUUGAAGUCAUUAGUCACUUCACUAGAUAGGCCUGUGUCAACCAAUAAGAAGUAAGAACCCUUCACCUCCAGUGUUGUGGCAAUGUUUUUGUCCCUUUCAAGUUUCUCAUUACACUUAUAGAUAUGUGUCAGUGAUUAGGAAAUAAGAAGCAGUCUAACCAUUGAUAACUAGUUUUGCGACAAUGUUGUCAAUGGAAGCGAUUAGUGGUAUCUACACUAUGUAUGCCUGUGAGUAUCUAGUUAAAUAGUGUAGUGACAUUGUGAAAGGUGAGUUGCUGGUCAUGUGAUUACUUUGCUUAUUAAAUUCAACAGACUUCUGAAGCAGUAUAGAUUUAUUUCUUUGUGUUGUAUUAAUGUGACUUUGCCAAACAAAACCAGACCAUUGGUGAGAAAUAUUGAAAUCAUAGAUCUGCCAUUUUCUGAAAGUGUACUUAAUUAUUAAUUGCACUUUUUGAAAUGUUGUGCUCACCUCACUGGCUAACUUGUGUUUCUUACAAAUCAUAGUUCAUACUUUCUGAGCUGUUGGUCAUUAGUUGUAUGGGUUAGAACUGUAUUACCUCAGAUGUAUCUGGUCCAUUCUUUUGUAUUGAGCAUAAAUACAUUGUUUCUAACACUAGUGGAUUUUACAAAGACUCAUAGCUUCAUGUGGUUAUUUAGUCUUAAAAUACAUAUACUGCUGGGGGGGUCCUCCACUUCUUUCUUGACUCUACAAAAAGUGCUGUCUUACAGACAAUAGCUUUUGAUUGACAUCUGAUAUAAUUUCAUAGUUGCUUUUUGAUACUGUUUUGUCCUGUAAGUGUGUGCACCAUAUAUAGAGUCCUACAAUUGAAUAGACUACCUAGAAUGUACAAAUAUGUGUGUAAAUAGUUCUUUAACUAGGAGGAUUUUUUUUUUCAUCUGUGCAGUGUUUGUAUCGGUACAAAACACAAGUUAGUCACUAUAUCUGUACAGAGAGACUUACAACAUUAUCCAUUGCUAUCUGUCUCAUGAGUCUGCUUUGCGUUGAAACAUAAUAAUUUAUCAAAUUCAAACAGGUAUAUGUUGUCUUGAAUGCCAUUUUUCUGAGUGAUGGUGUAUUAAAUGAGUUAUUGUAGAGAGAAUAGAGUGUGCAUAAAGUUGUUCCUCAUCUACAGUACUUAUUUUGAGCCAGCAAGAUUUGUUGUUUUUAAAACCACUCCUUUGUUUCUAUCCACUUCUUUGAUUCCAAGUAUAAUAAGUACAGAGUUAGAAAAUCAAAAACUGACAAUGUCCAGGCUGAUACUUAGAUCAUUAUCUAUAUUUUUUUGUGAACAUGUUUUUUAAUAAUUUUUUUAAACUUUAUUACAUCACUUAAAUGAUUUUCAUUAAAAUGCAUUAAAUAGUUUUAAAAUUCAAAAUAGAAUGAAGUGAGGGAUUUAUUUGUGAAAUGUGGCCUAACAUUCAGUUCACCGAUUAUUUAGGGCUACUGUGUGUUAAGUUGCAUUACAGAUACAAGUCUGAGUAUUGUGAGCCUGUAUCAGAAUCCUUAAGACUUUCAAUUUGCUUGAGUUAUUGGCUUGGGAAGAUUUUCAUUACAUUGAAUCAAACCACAAUCAUUCUUUCUUGUUCAUUAUAUUUCAAAUAAUUUCUUAAUAACAUUGCUCUGACACUUGAUUUAACUUAUUAAAAAAAAAAAAGGUGAAUCUUUGACAUCUGCUACACAAGUCACCAAACAAUGGAGACUUUCUUCCGGUCACAUAUUUUCUUCACUUUCUUUAGUUAUAGGGUCAUGGUUAUAGUUAUUGUCAGUAUAAAUAAUUGAAUCUGGUCAACACCAGCUAAGUCUAACCCAGCAACAAGCACAAACUGUAAAGGGAAGGAAUAUCUUGUAGAAUACAUGUACAUAUGAGCUUGUAUAUAGUCUUGUUCACAUCAUGUAUAGGUUGUUGUUCAUAUCUCAGCCAAGUCUAUGGAGCAGUUUUGGUUUAGUUGAUAGUUUUAGUAUUUGUUGCACUUUUAAACUCUUGCAGAAGUAUACCCUUUAGGAAGUUGUGUUUCUUGUGUCAUCAAAUGAUCAUUAAAUCAUUGACUUAUUAAAGCCAUAGCUGGUAUUGUCAAUAUAUUAUUUUCUUUUCAAAUAUGAAAGCAUGUUGACGUAACCAUGUUAAAUAGUUUAUGCUAAUUUUUUUUUUUAUUAUUUCUAAAAAGAUUGUUUUUUUAAAUAUUAAAAAAAAAAAGAUGAAUUAUACUGAAGUACAUUAAUGGUACGAAUGAUUAUCAGAAACAACAUAUUUUCAUUUUGUGUUAGUUUCAAACAUGUAAUUAAUGACUUUCAGAAAGAUAUAGACAAUUGUAUUACAUUUUCUUUUGUUCCAAUGUAUAUUCUUUUGACUUUGAAACUAGAAAUAUUGUAGAAUUAUUUCUGUAGUCGUUAUUAAGAGUUUAAUAUCGAAGUCACGCAUAUUGUUCAUGAAAAUAGAUUCCUUAUAACUUAUUUAACUGAACAGAGAAAGAUUGUUAUUUUUGUUAAGUGCUAUAUCAAUCUGUCAUUUUGACCACUAAUAGAUUAAAACCUCAAUCAGCCAAAUAGAUUAACUACUUAUGUUAUCAUUGUCACUUCAAAAUAUGAUUAUAGAUUUUUUAAAAAUUGUAUUUAAUGCUAAUUUUUUUUUUAAUUAGUGUUCAUUAUUUGUAUUUAACCAGAAGCAAUACUUGGUUGUGAUAGAAGGGUUUAUUUGUUUUGCCAUUUUGACUAGUAAACACAUGAAAGUUAAUGGUUUUGCAUUAUGCGCAUCUAUAUCUCCAGCAGGACACUAAAUUUGCUGUGAGCUUUAUUGAGGCAGUUCGUUCUGGUGAAAACACAAUUAUUUUUUGGCAGACUUUUAUUUUUUUUUUUCGGUUCCAAAUAAUGUUUAUGAAUAUGUUAACUGUUAUUUUUUGUUUAACAUAGUUGCUAUGAAAAACAUGAGUUAAAAGUGUUUACAUAACAUGUAAGCUGAAAGACCAAUGUGGAGAAGGUAAAAAUAAAGAGGUGGGGAAAUUUUCGCUUUAUUGACCAUUUGCCUAAAUCAUCAUCUGGCUUUUAUCACCCCUCUCAAUUAAUUCAUAAAUAGUUUGCUAAAUGUGUUGACUUUUUCAGUAAAUUAUUGCUAUUUUUUGCCAGGAUUAAAUUUUAUUACUCAGAAAAGUUUAUUAAAUCUUUGAUUUUUUAAAUAGAUAUCUAACAAAUUCUGUUUUUCCUAUUUUGCAUUGAAAUGGCUAUUGCCUAACCAAGCGCCAGCCACAUGCUGUGACUGAAAUAUUGCUUUUAAUGAUAUUUACAUGUUGUUACUUUUCUGUUGUGUGGUGCGCCCUGCAUUAUAAUGUUGUGUGCCAUCAAACCAUUUUGUGUUGAUUCACUAUCACAUCCCACCAGGAACCUUCUGGUAAUUCAUCACACUUUGUCAAACAAUUAACUAAUGAGAUUGAACCAAAAUGGUUUCUGUUGUUUCUAGAUGCCAUUAACAAUGGGCUGUUGUUCAAGUUUAUAAAAUAGAAAUAAUUUUUAGAAAUAUUUUCAAUAGUCAUUUUUUCAUAGGGUUUUUCUUUUACAUGAGUAUUGUUUCAUGGGCUGAACAUUAUGAUUUUUUAAUGUGCAAUUAUAAUAAUACAAGAGGUACAACAAAGUGUCUGUUUUGAUUGGUUGAUAUAUGUAUAGAAACUUGACUGAUACUUUUGUCUAAUUUUCAUGGAACUUUCAUAAUAUGUUUGCCAUCAAAUUUCUAUGUUAGUGCUGUACUAAAAACCAAAAUGUUACUUAUUUUUCAAGUAUUCUGCUCAGAAUUUGUUGAUUUGUUUGCUUUAACCUUUAAUGUUAACAUUUCCCUCUUUCUUUGAAAGAUGAUUAAUAAUGUCCCCUUGGUACUCCCUUGCAUAUGACGGUAAACAAAAGACCAUUGUACUUAUCUAUAUAUAAAUAUAUUUUUAGUUUUUGUUUUGGUUGUCACUUCUUCUAGUUGCUAUUGUUAUUGUUUUUGCAACCACAAUUUUGUUUUGUUGUUUGAGUCUUGUAUGUCAUCGUCAUGAGUUUAUUGGCCAGCCUUAACCUCCGCAGCCCUUGCCAUUGAUUCAAAACAAAAAAUACAAAACAAAAUUUGGUUUCCAAUUA